AUGAAUAUCAACAGGCCUGCCGACAACCCUAUCGUAUUGCCCGGCAUGAGGGUCAAGACCAGCGAACGCCCUCCGCCGCGCCGCGUGCACGGCCUCAGCUGGCUGCCGCCCGCCAUGCGCAACCACAUCAUUGCCAUGCUGGGCGAGUUCACUGGCACCUUUCUCUUCCUGUUUUUCGCCUUCGCUGCAACUCAGGUCGCCAACACUGCUCCUCCUAGCAGCCAGAAGCCGAAUGUGGCUGUCCUCCUUUACAUCAGCCUGGCCUUUGGCUUUUCUCUUGCCGUCAACGUCUGGGUUUUCUUCCGUAUUUCGGGAGGGGUCUUCAAUCCUGCAGUCACCCUCGGACUCUGCCUGAUCGGAGCCGUUGGGUGGAUCAGGGGCUUCUUGAUCAUUCUCACACAGAUGGUUGGCGCCAUUGCUGCUGCUGGCAUCGUCUCGUGUCUCUUCCCAGGGCCUCUCAACGUCCGCACCACUCUUGGCCCUGAUACGUCAAUCGUCCGCGGCCUGUUCAUUGAGAUGUUUCUCACUGCCCAGCUCAUUUUCACCAUCUUCAUGCUGGCUGCCGAGAAGCACAAGGGCACCUUCCUCGCCCCGGUCGGCAUUGGCCUGUGCCUUUUCAUCGCAGAACUCGCAGGCGUCUACUUUACUGGCGGAAGCCUCAAUCCCGCCCGGUCCUUCGGCCCGGAUGUCAUUCUGCACACUUUCAAUGGCUACCACUGGAUAUACUGGGUCGGCCCGGCGUUGGGCGCGCUCCUGGCUGUCGCACUUUACCGUCUGAUCAAGGCACUCGAGUACGAGACGGCCAAUCCAGGAGCCGACUUUAACAAGCCAGAUGCCGAAGUUUUCUACCCGGACGAGGACCCUGGUGCCGGACGCCGAGGCCAUCAUUCCUCCGGCUACGACGGAACCACCGAGGCUUACGUUACCCCACAUGCCCCAACAAUUGCACUUCCAACGCCAUCCUCUACAGGUGGCCACCUGAACCGCUCUCGUCUUCAGUCAAUCGCAGGACAGACGGCUUCUGAAUAUUCCACUAGCCCCGACCACCGUUCUCAUCACUCCUUGGGUGAGGAUACUUAUAACAAAGCCCCAGGUGCGGAAGAGGGGAAUCUGGGUCUACCACGCUAA